ACAAUACAAAACAAGCACUUAGUUCAGAGCUAACUGUGAACGACACUCUUACAUCUAAGUUCAGAAAAAUGGCUGAGGCGAGUAUUUCAGUAGAUCAGCUUUCAGUGGAUCAGUUCAUCUGUUCAGUGUGUCUGGAUCUCCUGAAGGAUCCGGUGGCUCUCUCCUGUGGUCACAGUUUCUGUAAGGUGUGUAUUAAUGACUGCUGGGAUCAGGAGGAUCAGAAGGACGUCUACAGCUGUCCUCAGUGCAGAGACACUUUCACACCAAGGCCUGUUCUACGCAGAAACAACAUGCUGGCUGAAGUGGUGGAGAAACUGAAGAAGAAGACUGAAGUUCAAGCUGCUUCUCCUGAUCACUGUUACACUGGACCUGGAGAUGUGGAGUGUGAUUUCUGCACCGGGAGAAAACACAAAGCUGUCAAGUCCUGUCUGAUGUGUGUGGCUUCGUUUUGUAUAACCCAUCUGAAACCACAUUAUGAAGUUCCUGCUUUCUUAAAGCAUGAGUUAAUUGAAACCUCUGGAAAUAUGCAAGCGAAAAUCUGCUCUCAUCAUAAUAAACUGGUUGAGAUUUACUGUCGUACUGACCAAAGAUGCAUCUGUGUUUUGUGCACAAUGGACGAACAUAAAGACCACGAUACAGUUUCGACCGCAACGGAAAGAAACCAGAAACAGAGUGAGUUAAAGGAGGAGCAGAUAAAAUCCCAGCAGAGAAUCCAGGAGAAGAAGAAGAAGGUGCAGGAGCUGAAACAGACUGCGAACAAAUUUAAGCUCAGUGCACAGACAGCAGUGGAGGACAAUGAGAGGAUCUUUACUGAGCUGAUCAGCUUCAUGGAGAAAAAGCGCUCGGAGGUGAUGGAGAUGAUCAGAGCUCAGGAGAAGGCUGAACUGAGUCGAGCUGAACGACUCCUGGAGCAACUGGAGCAGGAGAUUAAUGAUCUUCAGAGGAGAGUCACUGAGAUGGAGAAGCUUUCACACACACAUGAUCACAUCCAUUUCCUCCAGAGUUUCCAGUCUCUUAGUGCUGCUUCUGCAUGUGAGGACUCACCCGGCAUCACUGUCAUUCAACAUCCCUCGUUUCACAGCGUUCUGAAAUCUCUAUCUGAUAUGAAAAAGCGACUUGAAGGAUUCUGUGAAGAGGAUUUCAUAAAAAUCCCUGAAUAUGCUGGGGUAGUGCAGAUGAUCUUACCUUCACCGACUAGAGAGGAUUUGCUUCAGUAUUUCUGUUCACUGACAUUGGACCCCAAUACAGCACACCAUUCCCUUUUACUAUCUGAAAAGAACAGAGUGGUGAAACGUAAUGAGAAAGACCAGAGAGUCUCUAAUCAUCCAGAUAGAUUCGAGUCUAACGCUCAGGUGUUGAGUAAAGAGAGCGUGUGUGGACGCUGUUACUGGGAGGUGGAGUUGAGUACUGUGGAUAAGGUGUUUGUUUCGGUAUCAUAUAAAGAAAUCAACAGGAAGGGGUGGGGUAAUGAUUGCCUGUUUGGACGCAACAAUCAGUCCUGGAGUCUGAUGUGUUCAUCUCCUUCUCUAUCUUUCUGGCACAAUAAUUUGGAGACUGUACUUGAUAUCAUGCCAUCAUGCACCAGAAUAGGAGUGUAUGUGGAUCACAGUGCAGGAACUCUGUCCUUCUACAGCGUCUCUGACACCAUGAAGCUCCUCCACAGAGUCCACACCACAUUCACUCAGCCUCUAUACGCUGGGUUCUGGAUUUGGGAUUCUGGAACAACUGUCAGGUUUUGUGAUGCAAAAUAACGUGUCUGUGCUGCAUUUUAAACUGUUUAUAUUUAUUGUCACAUUGUUCAGCCAUAGCAUUAACAUCAUCUGCCUAAUAUUGUGUAGGCCCAUGUAGUGCCACAAAAACAGCACUGACCCACUGACUCCACAAGACCUCUGAAGGUGUGUUUGGUAUCUGACACCAAGACGUUAGCAGUAGAUCCUUUAAGUUUUGUACAUUUCUGAGGUGGGAUCUCCAUGGAUCAGGCUCGUUUGUCGAGAACGUCCGACAGAUGCUCGAUUAGAGAGAAAUGGGAUGUGGUAGCUCAGUGGUUAAGGUGUUGGGCUACUGAUCGGAAGGUCAUGGGUUCGAACCCCAGGUCCACCUAGCUGCCACUGCUGGGCCCCUGAGCAAGGCCCUUAACCCUCAGUUGUAAGUCACUCUGGAUAAGGGUGUCUGCUAAAUGUAGAAACGUUUCUAAACGAUUUCUUUGUUGCUAUAAGACGACACUGCCAUUAAGGAACACCUGAAGAGUCUACUUCAUCUGCAGCAAUGUUUAGGUGGUUGGUACUGUACGUGUCAAAGUAACUUUCGUGUGAAUAUCGGGGUUGAAGGGUUCGAGCAGAACGUUGCCCGGAGCAUCUGCCACCUUCUUCAUAUAGUGCAUCCAGGUGCAAAGAUGUAAAAGAAAGCAUGAUUCUUCAGACCAGUCCUCCUUCAUCCAUUGCUCCAGGUCUGAUGUUCAUUGUUGGGGCUUUGAGUGCUCUGUGUGAUCAGACUCCUUUCU